AUGUAUAUACUUCUGCUCAAACUUUUUCUCUUUCAUUUAGGAAAGUUUCCAGAAGUAUUCAUGAAAAAAUCAGGAGCAACUCUUCAUCCUGUACAGUCAUUGAAAGAGGAGAAUUUGUUACAAGAUUUCACAAACCUACUACUCUUCCAAAAAUUGUGCCCAAGAGGCUCAGAGAACUUGGUCAGGAAAAGCUGGCAUCCAUGUGUACCAGAAGAAGGAGGACAUGUGAUUGAGAUCCAAGACUUAUUUUACCCAAACUUAGAGACACAGAAAGAGCCUCAGUUAGUCAUAAUAGAGGGGGCUGCUGGGAUUGGGAAGUCAACACUAGCCAGGCAGGUGAGGAGAGCCUGGGAGGAAGGCCAGCUCUACAGGGAUUGCUUCCAGCAUGUUUUCUUCUUCAGUUGCAGAGAGUUGGCCCAGUACAAGCAGCUGAGUCUGGCUGAGCUCAUAGAACAAGGCCAGGAAGUACCCACAGCUCCCAUCAGUCAGAUCCUGUCUCAUCCUGAGAAGCUGCUCUUCAUCCUGGAUGGCAUAGAUGAGCCAGCAUGGGUCUUGGCAGAGCAGAAUUCUGAGCUCUGUCUGCAUUGGAGUCAAGCACAGCCUGUGCACACACUGCUGGGCAGUUUGCUGGGGAAAUCAAUCCUUCCUGAGGCUUCCUUCCUGCUUACAGCUAGGACCACACCUCUACAGAAGCUCAUUCCUUCCUUGGAGCAGCCAUGUUGGGUGAAAGUCCUAGGAUUCACUGAGUUUGAACGGAAAAACUAUUUCUACAAAUAUUUUGCAAAGGAAAGAGAUGCCAUUACUGCUUUUAGAUUGGUUGAAUCUUACCCAGUGCUCUUGACCCUGUGUGAGGUUCCCUGGGUGUGCUGGUUAGUCUGCAUUUGCCUCAAAAGACAGCUGGAGCAGAGGAGAGACCUCUCACUGACCUCACAGACCACCACAGCCCUCUGCCUGAAAUACCUUUCCCUGACAAUCCCAGGUCAGCACCUGGGGACCCAUCUCAGAGCUCUCUGCUCAAUGGCUGCUGAAGGGAUCUGCCAAAGAAGGACACUGUUCAGUGAAAGCGACCUCUGCAAGCAAGGGUUAUCAAAGGAUGCCAUUGACACUUUCCUGAAGGUGGGUGUCCUUCAAUAUCAGCCCAGCUCUCUGAGCUACAGCUUUGCCCAUUUGUGUCUCCAGGAGUUCUUCACAGCCAUGUCCUACAUCUUGGAGGAUAGUGAGGAAAGAUAUGGUAAUAAGGACAAUGAAAGAAUUCUGGAAACACUGAUUGAACAUUAUGGAAAACAAAGCCUGUUUGAGGCACCCACUGUGCGCUUUUUGUUUGGCCUUUUGAGUAAAAAGGGAUGGAAAGAAAUGAAAAAGUUCUUUUACUGCAACUUUUCUAGGAAGACAAAGUUGAAGCUGCUAUGGCACAUCCUAGCAAAAACCCAACCCCAUCAACCACCUUGUCUGGGUUUGCUCCACUGUCUGUAUGAAAAUCAGGAAGUGGAACUCCUGACACACGUGUUGCAUGAUCUUCAAGGAACAAUAGUGCCUGGCACAAAUGAAAAGGCACACACAGUGUUCCAGACAAACACGAAUCACCUGGUGAUACAGACAGACAUGGAUCUCAUGGUGGUGACUUUUUGCAUUAGGUUCUGCUGUCAUGUGAAGAGUCUUCAGCUGAAUAUAGAAAGACAGCAAGGACAUGAGUUGACAGCCACAAGGAUGGUUCUGUUCAGACAGACCCCAAUCACAGAUGCCAGUUGGAAGAUUUUCUUCUGCAUUCUUGAAUUCACAAUAAACCUGGAGGAGCUGGACCUAAGUGGAAAUCCAUUGAGUUACUCUGCAGUACACAGUCUUUGUAUGGCUCUGGAACAUCCUAGCUGCCAACUAAAGACCUUGUGGCUUGUUGACUGUGGCCUCACAUCCACACACUGCUCACUCCUGGCUUUACUGGUCAGUCCCCACUCAAGCCUGACUGAGCUAGACCUGCAGCUGAAUGACCUGGGUGACUACGGUGUGAAGCUGCUGUGUGCAGGGCUCAAGAAUCAUGUCUGGAACCUCUGCAUCCUGCGGCUGGACCUGUCCUCUCUCAGUGACCAGGUGAUUACAGAGCUCAGGACCCUGGAGUCAGAGAAUCCAAAGUUGCACAUCUCCAGUGCUUGGAAGCCACGUAGUACUAAGUGGAUGGAUAAAGAAGAAGUUGGUGACAUUCCAACCUCAUUCAAGAAGCAGAGACAACAGUCAGGAGACAAACCCAUGGAAUCUCUGAGAACUAAGAUUAACUUCUGGGGCCCUACAGGACCUGUGGCUACUGAGGUGGUUGACAGAGAGAGGAACAUGUACCGAGUGCAAUUGCCCAUGGCUGGUUCCUACCACUGUCGCAGCACAGGACUCCACUUUGUGGUGACAAGGACAGUGAUGAUCGAGAUUGAAUUCUGUGUCUGGAGCCAAUACCUGGAGAAGACUCCCUUUCAACAGAGUCUCAUGGUGGCUGGACCUCUGUUUGACAUCAAGGCUGAGCAAGGAGCUGUGACUGCAGUCUACCUCCCUCAUUUUGUGUCCCUCCAAGAGAAAACAGUGGACAUCUCCUUGUUCCGUGUUGCCCACUUUCAAGAACAUGGGAUGGUCCUAGAAACGCCAGCCAGGGUGGAACAGCAUUAUGCAGUACUGGAAAACCCAAGCUUCUCCCCAAUGGGAAUUCUUCUGAGACUGAUUCCUGCUGUCGGACACUUCAUCCCCAUCAACUCCAUCACACUGAUCUACUAUCACCUCUAUCUCGAAGAUGUCACCUUUCACCUGUACCUGAUCCCCAAUGACUGCACUAUUCGGAAGGCUAUUGAUGAUGAAGAAAUGAAGUUUCAGUUUUUGCGCAUAAACAAGCCUCCCCCAGUAGACGCUCUUUAUGUUGGUUCCCGCUAUAUCGUGUCUGGCUCAAAAAAGGUGGAAAUUAUCCCAAAGGAACUGGAGCUGUGCUACCGAAGUCCUGGCGAAUCCCAGCUCUUCUCUGAGAUCUGCGUUGGACACAUUGGGUCAGGGAUUAAGCUGCAACUCAGAGACAAGAAGAACAUGAAUCUCAUAUGGGAGGCCUUGCUGAAACCAGGAGACAUAAGACCUGCUCUGCCCAGGAUUGCUUCAGCCCCCACAGCUGCUCCUUCCUUGCUACACUUCAUGGACCAGCAUCGGGAGCAGCUGGUGGCCCGAGUGACAUCAGUGGACCCUCUGUUGGACAAGCUGCAUGGUCUGGUGCUGAGUGAAGAUUCCUAUGAGGCAGUGCGGGCUGAGACCACAAACCAAGACAAGAUGAGGAAGCUCUUCAGCCUCAGCCGGUCCUGGAGUCAAGCCUGCAAAGACCAAUUCUACCAAGCUCUGAAGGAGACCCAUCCUCACCUCGUCAUGGACCUCUUUGAAAAGUCAGGCGGGGUCUCUUUGGGAUCCUGACAUUGGUCUAUGGAGCAAUCUCUUUAUAGUCCUAAUCAGCCUGAACUUCCUUUGGUCCUUAGUUUCUCCAUCUGUAAC